AUGGCGGGCUGCGUGCAGAUGCUGAAGAAUGGCGACGAAGCCACUGCCUUUCGAAAGGCCAACGGCCAGAGGGCGCUUCUCUUCGUUCAAGCCGCCCACGGACCCUCCCAACAAAUGCAGGAAGUCUUUGAAAACUUUCAAGAGGAUUUUCCGACCGUCGCAUUCGGCGUUGUGGACGUCGCGAGCAACAAAUGCUUUGCCCACGCGAACGGCGUCACCGAGGUUCCCACAACAAUCUUUUACGAAGAUGGAGAACUCCUGGGGAGACUCGUGGGGGCGCUUCCUGCCGUAGUCGCGAAGGCUCUGACGGCAUGGACGAAUGCAGGACGUUCGACUCUCGUGAGUUCUCUGAGAGAUUUGCAGCCUUCUCACCAGCCACCCUCGAAAGACACUGCAGUUUCUCUGGAGGAGAGACUCUCGAGCUUGGUGAACAGUCACCCCGUGAUGGUUUUCAUGAAGGGGAAGAGAGAAGCGCCUUUCUGCAGAUUCAGCAAACAACUGAUGGGCAUUUUCGCCGAGAAGCGACUCGUGCACUUCGGCGCCUUCGACGUUUUCGACGACGAAGAAGUUCGCGAAGGCCUAAAAAAAUUCUCCAACUGGCCUACCUACCCCCAAGUCUACGUCAAGGGCGAGUUGAUUGGCGGAGUCGACAUUAUUCGCGCACUGUGUGAAGACGGUUCCUUCAACGAAGUGUUCCCCCCGGAAGCCUUUGCUUAA